CACUUGUUGAAUGGUCGUUGGUGAACUUUGAAGUGAAGUGGAGAAUGUUGGGAUUGUGUAAUGGGAGCUUUUUGUGAAAGUUUCUAUUCAGUCAUGACUAUUUCAAGUGUUAGUCAUCCAGUAUUCUGAAGCAUUCGUUUGUUAGUUGUCGGUACACUUCGUCGUUUCUGCGUAAGAUGUUCCCAACUGCCAAUAAUACUAACUGAAAAAUCAGCAUACUUAACAGUCAGUGAUCUAAAAUGAAAAAAUCUGCAGAAGCUAAGCUACCUGCGAAGCAUAACUCUCAAACUCCCAAGAAGUGUAUGACAUCAAAGAAACAAAAGACAAAGCAAAAAGCUUCAUCUUUAAUAGCAGAUGCCCCUAAUGUAAAUCAAACUGUUCCAAAGGAAAAGAAAAAGAAGGUACAAACAAGUUCCGCUAACAGCAUUAUAGUAGCCGUCAGAGUGCGACCCAAAACUGCAAAAGAAGAAAGCGAAAAACAGAAACCUGCCAUUUUCGUGGAAGGCAAAAAUAUAAGUGUUUUGACAAGCAUUGGAGAAACUCACAUUUUUUGUUGCGACAACUGCUUUAUCUCUGAUACUCCUACUGUCCAGAAUGGAAAACAUCACCAACAGGGACAAGUUUACGAGUGCCUGGCUAAGCCUUUACUUUCACAAGCUUUCAAGGGCUUCAACACCUGCAUGUUUGCCUAUGGGCAAACAGGCACUGGCAAAAGCUAUAGCAUGAUGGGGAAAAUUGGAAAUAGAAACGAAUUAGAUCAAGCUUCUGGGAUUAUACCUCGUUUUUGCUUCGAUCUUUUUCUUCGAAUCGAAGAACUAGCAAAGAACCCAACUGCCGAGAGACUAUCCAUCGAAAUUGAAGUCAGUUUUUUUGAAAUCUACAAAGAACGAAUCCAAGAUCUGUUAUGUUCGUCGAGCAAAACAGGUGGCAAUUUGUCAGUUCGUGAGCAUCCAAAAAAUGGCCCUUAUGUGGUUAACCUUACCAAGUGCUCUGUCACUUCAUUUGAGGAGGUACAGCGGUGGCUUUCUGUUGGAAAUCAAAGACGGAUCGUAGCAUCGACGUCUGACAACAAACGCAGCUCGCGUUCUCAUGUUAUUUUUACCAUUACUUUAGCGCAAAGUUUUGAAGAACAGGUGGCAGGGAAAAUGGAAAUGGUACGGAAACAGAGCCGCGUCAACUUUAUAGAUUUAGCUGGUAGUGAAAGAAUGGCUUCUUUAUCAGUUGGAGUUCGCCGGCAGGAAAGCUUAGCCAUAAACCUUUCUCUAUUCACAUUGGGAAAAGUAAUAACAGCUUUAGCAGAGAAAAAAUUCGCACCAUACAGAGAAUCAGUUCUGACAUGGCUGUUGAAGGAAAGUUUGGGAGGUAACUCCAAAACAGUAAUGUUGGCAACCGUCAGUCCGAAUGUUGCCCAUAUAGAAGCUACGCUAUCCACAUUGCGAUACUCCUGCUUGGCCAGUAAAAUUGUAAAUGCUCCGACGAUCUGCGAGACUCCUAAAGCUUGCUCGAAUAAACCUUCACUUGCUGAAACCGUUGGAGCGACAAGUCAUGUUGAAAAUUCUCCUGCGCGAAUCAAAGAGCUCGAAAGUACAGUCCGUCAUCUCAGCGAUCUCCUCGCAGAAGUUGAAAAUAAGAAAGAUUCUGAAUGGAAAGAGAAAAUGGCACAAGCAGAAUUAAAACGCAUCGAAGCCGAACAAGCUCUUUCCAAUCAUGGCCUUUCUAGUUACAUCGAUCCUCAACAGCCAUACCUAAUCAACAUUAAUCGGGAUCCUUUGUUGUCCGAAACAAUGUUUUUCCCGCUGAAUCCUGGUAAAAACAUGGUGGGCCCUAUGGUAUGUUCAAAUGACCCGCCAUCUAUCCAGCUAAACGGGUUGACGAUCGAGGAAAACCAUUGCUGCAUCGAAUAUGAUGAUGAUCUUCGAAUAUUUGCCAACGCUGAAACCUACGUUAACGGGCAGCUAGUUGGCACAGAAAAAGUCGUUUUGUGUCAUGGUGAUCGCAUUAUUAUCGGUGGAACCCAUCAUUUUCAUUUGCAUAAUCCAAAAGAUUCCCAAUUCCACGAAAAAAGGGCUAAUGGGGUUCCCGACUUUGAGACAUCGUACCAGGAGCUGCGAGAUGUUCAAGAAAAAGUCUUGCAGGUAGCCGUUGAAGAAGCCCAACAAAAGGCACGGCAGCAAAUGAUAUCAGAAAUCUCAGAUCUUCGUAGAGAAGCAAAUUUAGAAAUUUCAUUCCGACAGCGUUCGAAUGAGGAUAAGACGGAGAAUUGCAAUGGUAUUUCGCAAGAACAGCAACUUAAUGCAACCCCAUCCGCAUCAAUUAACUGGCAAGAAUUGGAACUUCUUCUUCGCGACUCCCAGAGAAAAUUGGAGCAGCCACCCAACAAUCCCCUUCAACAGGAAUCGUCGUUUGUCGUCCAGUCUAUGUUGAACGAGGCUAAUUCUAUUUGCCGACGUUUUCACCAGCCUUACAGAUUUACCCGUAAAGAGGCAAUCACUGAAGAUUUACAGUCUGCUAUUUGUGUCAAGGAUCAAAAUCUUCAGCACAUAAUGUAUUGGAGUUUUGACAAAAUGAAACAGCGUUUGAAAGCUUUGCGGGAUGCAGUGCAAGAUUCGAAAACUUUUCCCACAGAAGUUUUUUUCGAUGGCGGUGAUAUUUGGCAGAGAGAAGAUGAUGCCUCUGUAUUUUUUGCUCCCGCAACAAGAGCAAAACUGGAAAGGCUGCUUAAAGGUGUGAAUUUUAACGACAGCAAUGUCUCAUUUCUCGAUGAGAGCAAAUUUAGCUAUCGCUCUCCACGUCGGUCAAGUUUACUUCCUCGAUCGCCAACCGUUAACGAAAGGUCUGGUGUAGCGUGCCAGGAAUUGAUUCACAACUUCGCUGUCGACGAAAAUUUAAUGUCUGCCUUCUGUUCCAUCGCAUCUUGCCUUCAAUCACAAUUGGAUCAUCCUGAUUGCACGUCGAGCUUUGCCAUUACGCUAACAUCGAACACACUAUCUCUACUGUCAGUAUUCCCAGGACUGGUUGAUUUUAUGCUCAGUACUAGGGAAGUACCUGCAAACUUGCGAAUCAAUUGGGCACAAUCUUGCAAAGAACUAAAACAGAAUUUACAAAAAUGUGUGGAAUUUGUCCUACAGGGCGUCUCAUUGGACUCCGCAGGUCUUUUCAAUCAGUGGAUAGAUUUGACAAAAGAUUCCCUGAACGCCAUUCUUACCACGUACGGCGAACUAGCUGUUGUUGUUUUUAAGGAACUCCCGUGUUUGCCAUUGAUGUCUCGUACGACUACUGUAUCCAGCUUCGUUUCAGCACUCAGCAAAGUGCACGAAUCGCUUAUUCUUUUGGCUGAAGGCGUCAAAAUGAAAAUAGAACAACUCCCUAACAAGAAUUCUCCAUUAGCCAAUCCUAGUUUGGCGGAUAAUGGAUGCCAUAUGGCGAAUGCUUGUUACAGUAGCAUACAUCAUGUUACAAGCCUUCUUGAAGACCUUAGACCCAUUGCCUACACGGAUUUCUCCAAUUCCGACGAAAUGGAACUCGAAGAACUAUUUUUGAAACAUCGUGAGCUAGUGGAUGUUUUAUUUUGUAUGGGUAAAACUAUUGACCAGUUGUUUCUGCAUCUUGAGCUUAAUGUGUUGUCACAAGUUAAAGUUUGUGCAGCUGCAUUGAAAGCUCAAGCAUUUGAUUAUGCAAAUCGUAUGGGUGCUUCCGACAACCCCUUCUUAAGUGACCUCUCAUUUGCAAUUUUAACAAUCCACAGAUUAGUUGCCGAAAAGAGGAGAAUGGUGGACUUGCAAAGAGGACGGAACAUACAUUAUAGUCCUGUUCCUCCACAAAUGCUCGUCACCCCUACACGCAAACCCAAUGUUGAUGACACUAAUGAUCUUGUAACUAGAAACGUCUAGAGGACAAAUCUUAGACUGUUUUCCCAGAAAAUAUUUGGAUUUUGGUGGACCUCAGGCAACGAUACAACAUAGUAGUAGCCAGGUUGAAAGGAUCCUGUAAUGUUAAAAAAAAUUGUCCUCAGUAUCUUUAUAUUUGGCAAUAUGUACAUUUUUAUUCAAUAUUUUGUCAUUGGUCAUA